GGGAGCCGCCCCGCGAGGCUCCGGGGCAGGGACUGCUCCCGCUGAGGGGACCGGGCGUGCCGCCGCGGUGGCGAAUUUGCCGUGAAGUGAGGACCUGGUGGUCCGGGGUGAGAGAGCACCUCCCCCCAGUACCCCAGGCCUCAGCUCCCCGUCCGGACGGGGCCGAGCGGGACCCCGAGGCUGGGGCCAGGUGACAUCUGGAAGGCGAGCUCUGGUGGCUGGCCCCAGUGCCGCUCGCAGGACCCUGCUUCCCGGAGCCCUCGCGGUGCUCGCCUUCCGCACCGAGAGCCGCGGGCAGGGACCCUGUGCGUCCCCGAGGGUGCUGUGCCUUUUGCUGUCGGAUGAGAUCUUGAUAAAAGGACCGCACAGCCCUUCUUUGGAAGAGAGAAGUCUAAAUUUAGAAUCAGAUAAUAGGUGUGGUUGAUUUCUUUUGCUGAAUGUUUUUUAAAAAAAAAAAUAGGGUGAUUAACAGGUUAGUGUGAGAUAGGUUUCUUUAACCCGCAAGAGUAAAUGUGAAAACGCACUGGACGACGAAAUUAUGUAAGCUGUAUUAAAGAAAAAGAUCGAUCCCUUUAUAAAGGGAAAACAACACGAUUUUAACAUAAUUGUGGUGGUAAAGUUAUCAAAGCUUACGUCAUGGUUUUCAUUGAUUGUGGAUAUCCGGAUUGUGCCUUCUGUUCUUCAGGCACCUCUGUCUGUGGGAUGCUGAUUAAGGAAUAUGCCAAACGUUCAGCAAAGUGUUCUCCCAGCCAUGGAGCAUGCUAAAUAUUUCAGUGAACACUUUAAAAGGUUUUGAAUCCAGCAGUACAAGACUAACAACACAUAACCAAACCAGUGAAGAAGGAAUAUCAUUUGAAACUUUUUCCUUGGAGGGGAAAGACCAUAAUUCUGGUAUAUGAAAUGUGUAGUUGGGAGGGAGAAAACAGCCCAAGACAGGAGCACAUGAAGACCACGAAGAAAAUUCUGAGUAGCAAUUGUGAAUGGUAUUCUUGCUAGACACCUUCUGCCUGAGCAUCUGAAAUGAACCUCUUGCAUUGAUUGUUUUGAUUGGCCUGGAGCCAGGAGUACUGGAUUCAGUUGACUUCAGGCUAAAAAGAAAACAGUCUUGGUUGUCAUCACAAACAUACGAACCAGUGUGAUGGUGAAAUGAGAUGAGGCUCCGAAAUGGAACUGUAGCCACUGCUUUAGCAUUUAUCACGUCGUUCCUCACUUUAUCUUGGUAUACUACAUGGCAAAAUGGGAAAGAAAAACUAAUUGCUUAUCAACGAGAAUUUCUUGCUUUAAAAGAACGUCUUCGAAUAGCUGAACAUCGAAUUUCCCAGCGCUCCUCUGAAUUGAAUAACAUUGUCCAACAGUUCCGGAGUGUAGGGGUCGAAACAAAUGGAAGUAAGGAUGCGUUGAAUAAAUUUUCAGGUAAUACCCUAAAGCUACUAAAGGAGUUAACAAGCAAAAAAUCCCUUCAAGUGCCAACUAUUUAUUAUCAUUUGCCUCAUUUAUUGCAAAACGAAGGAAGCCUUCAGCCUGCUGUGCAGAUUGGCAAUGGAAGAACAGGAGUUUCAAUAGUAAUGGGGAUUCCCACAGUGAAGAGAGAAGUUAAAUCUUACCUCAUAGAAACUCUUCAUUCCCUUAUCGAUAAUCUGUAUCCUGAAGAGAAGUUGGACUGUGUUAUAGUAGUCUUCAUAGGAGAGACAGAUAUUGAUUAUGUCCACAGUGUUGUGGCCAACCUGGAGAAAGAAUUUUCUAAAGAAAUCAGUUCUGGCCUGGUGGAAGUAAUAUCACCCCCUGAAAGCUAUUACCCUGACUUGACAAACCUAAAGGAGACGUUUGGAGACUCAAAAGAAAGAGUGAGAUGGAGAACAAAGCAAAACUUAGAUUACUGUUUUCUAAUGAUGUAUGCUCAGGAAAAGGGCAUAUAUUACAUUCAGCUUGAAGAUGACAUUAUUGUCAAACAGAAUUAUUUUAAUACUAUAAAAAAUUUUGCACUCCAACUUUCUUCUGAGGAAUGGAUGAUUCUAGAAUUUUCCCAGCUGGGCUUCAUUGGUAAAAUGUUCCAAGCGCCAGACCUCACUCUGAUCGUAGAAUUCAUAUUUAUGUUCUAUAAGGAGAAACCCAUCGAUUGGCUCCUGGACCACAUUCUCUGGGUCAAAGUCUGUAACCCUGAAAAAGAUGCAAAACAUUGUGAUAGACAGAAAGCAAACCUACGCAUUCGCUUCAGACCAUCCCUUUUCCAGCACGUUGGUCUGCACUCAUCACUGUCGGGAAAAAUCCAGAAACUCACGGAUAAAGAUUACAUGAAACCAUUACUUCUCAAGAUCCAUGUCAACCCUCCUGCCGAGGUGUCUACUUCCUUGAAGGUUUACCAAGGACACACACUGGAGAAAACGUACAUGGGGGAGGAUUUCUUCUGGGCCAUCACCCCAAUAGCUGGAGACUACAUCUUGUUCAAAUUUGAUAAGCCAGUCAAUGUAGAAAGUUAUCUUUUCCACAGUGGCAACCAGGAGCAUCCAGGAGAUAUUCUGCUCAACACAACUGUUGAAGUUUUGCCACUUAAGAGAGAAGGUUUGGAAAUAAGCAAAGAAACCAAAGACAAACGAUUAGAAGAUGGCUAUUUCAGAAUAGGAAAGUUUGAGAACGGUGUCGCGGAGGGAAUGGUAGAUCCUAGCCUCAACCCCAUCUCGGCCUUUCGCCUGUCAGUCAUUCAGAACUCUGCUGUUUGGGCCAUUCUUAACGAGAUUCAUAUUAAAAAAAUCACUAAUUGAUCAUCUAAGAAACCAACACGUUUUUUCCUGGUGACUCUGUUAAAGAUAGCUAAGCAUGUACCUUUUUUUUUUUUUCCAAACUUGAACACUACCUCUGUGAAUCUACUGUAGAUAAGACGACUGCUGUUUCCACUUGGAAAGCGAAUCUCCCGAAGAUAAUUGUAUUAUUUGAACUAUGCUCUUCUCCAAUUUUAACUUGAUGCAAACAUUUUACAAUUAUGACAGCCUGUUAAUAGGACUUGUACUGUUUUGGUAUUAUACUAAUACAUACGAGUUGUACAUAUUGUUACAUUCCUUAAAUUUGAGAAAACUAAUGUUAAAUACAUUUUAUGAAGGGGGUACUUUUGAAGUUCAUUUAUUUUACUAUUAUAGACCCUCUUUUAUAGAUUAUCAGGGAUUAUAUAUAAAUAUAUAAAUAUACAUAAAAUGUAUGGAAUUAAUUUAUUAGAAACACUUAAGGAGUACAUAUUUUUGUGCAGUAAAUUUUUGAAUCAAUACUUUUUUUGAGAACCAGUUACCUUGCUUUUUUAAGUUCUUUCUAUAUUUUUCUUUCAAAAUGCAAACAUUACAAAUCAAUGCCAUUUUUCAAAUGCACUGCCAUUUAAGAUUGAUUAUAGAUGGAUUUCUUAACUGAAGUACUUUUAUAAUCACAGCGAUUCUAAACAAAAUAUUUUCAAAGGCAUUUGUCAUUCCUUAAAGCCAAGAUUUUAAAGACCAACAUCCUUCUUGAGGGUUGCUUUACUGUACUGCGUGUGGUAUGUAGCCACAGAAAAUCAGUCUGAGGACUCUCAGUGUGCGGGUGUGACGGCGCCAACCUGAAUCGCCACGGACUCGCUCGCUAAGUCUCUGGUAGGGAAGGUGGCAGACCCUUCCUUCCUUUUUAAUCUUUGUCUGUAAUCCAUGAAUUAGAUGCAUUCUCUUUUCUUGUUGAACCUUUUAUAUCUGCUCUCAUUUCUGAGUUAGUGUUUUUAGGUAAUGCUAUUGUAUGGGUCAUAAUGUGUAUAAUUUUAAAGAAAAACAAAAUUAUUAUAUAGAUUUGUGGCAAAAGGUAGUAUAGCAGUUGUGUUUUCCCAGAAUGCUUUAUUCUGCUGCAUUGUGAUCUGACCUGUUUCCAGAAGCAUUCAUCACCUUCAGCGGCAGUUCCACAUCCUAUCACUGCGGCCAGCAGAGUGUGUCACCGGCUUCAGCCAUCGAUGGUCUCCACAGAGUACUUCCCUUUCAAACAGUUAGGAGCUGUCAAGCCAGCCAGGCCACUCCAACCACCUGGGGUUACAGUGUGUGGCAGGUGUGCACAGGUGGAUCCCCUGAGCUUUCUGAGUGGCCCUGGCCGAGGCUGAGGGCUGUGAGAGGUCCCACAGCUGGUGACCUCUGGCCUGGAGUUUACUGCUGCCCAGUAUGUGGGAUGCAUGGCGUCCAAUGCUGCCCUCGCUGUGCCAGAUGAAGGGGAAGCUGGGAAAUGCCCAUCAGGUUCUGUUGUCCCACUCUGUUGUAGAAUGUUUAGUUUCCUUGGUCAGCAAACCUACCAUGUGGCCCAGGAUUUGAUGUCACAUUUCAGUUGAAGUUUUUAAAUUCCCCAUCGCAGAGCCUAUCAGCAAAUUUCUUUCAAAACAGGGACUUGCCUUUUGUUGUAAAUGUUGGCACCAGCUUGGCAUUCUGAACCACUACUGAAGCAGCUAAAAAUCUGUGCAGAUGGAGAUCCCCAGGGUCCCUGGUUCCUCAGUAGCAACUGGGACUUCAGAAGGAAAGCCAGCCUAGGACAAAGUGCUGUAGCUCCCCGGGCUACUCAUUAGGGCUUCUUGAAGACUCUGGGCCCAGCCAGCGCGGCCCCCACCCCAGCCUCUGCUCCUCUCUCCAGUUCCUGGAAUCCUUUCCAUCAUUCACGGAGACUCUCCUUCCUCCCAUGGCUUUGUUCCCUGUUUCUAGAAUGUGUCCGGCACAUGGCAGGUGUGGUCGCCUCUGAGCAUGUGAACCAGCUGUGCCAGCCUCUCCCCUCCCUCUGCUCCCUUGGCCUUUCACCCUCCCACCGUGCACACGCAUCUCCCUGCCUAGUUGUGACUGACGUGUCGUCUCUGAGCUCCUGCAGCCAGCCUGCACCUCAUUUCCUCUCUGUCUGUCCUUCACUGCAGCAGUGGACUCACCUGGCCUCAGCGUUAGUUGCUCCUCCUUUCCACCAGGUCCUCUGCUAGGCAACUGAGAGCAGUCUUGCUUUCCCUAAGCAAGAAUUUAUAGUGGUGGUCCUGACGGGUAGCAGAGGGCCAAGAACACUUGGAACCGGAGUACCUGAACUUGACACUGAACCACUUGUACCAAAAUAAUGAAUGGGGAAGAUGUCACUAAUAUGUUAGUCCCACCACCUGACAUGGAUUGGCAUCUGGUGUGUAUUCCAGGUUAACUAUUCAGACUCCUGAGCAGUGCAUGCCUGCCUAGGCACUAGUCACUAGAUGCACAGUAGCUUUUUAAAUUAAUAAAAAAUUCAGUUCUGCAGUUGAACUUGCAAUGUUUCCAGUGCUUUGUGGCCACAUGUGACUAGUGGCUAUUACAUUGGCCCUAGAGAUACAGAACAUUUCCAUCAUUGCAGAAAGUUCUGAUGGGCAUUACUGUGUGGAGUACAAUGUGAACACUUUAGAAACCAGAAUUAAAGGAUUCUGAGGACAGGGUUAAAAGCAGAUGGGCAUACGCUAUAAUGCAAAUGAUGAGUAUUUGGAGCGAAAAGAGAAAAGUCAAGGACCAAUUUCUAGCACCUAAGAUCCAGGCUUUCUUGGUUUGGAUCCAGACGGGAUAGACAUACAUGUAUAUAUUCAACCCUUAGAGACGUCUUUGAACCAAGGUUCUGUACAGCUUUUCAGAUCAGCGGCUGAACUAAAAAAUUAGAAGGUACAGUUAUUUUAAAAGCCAUGAGCAAAUUUGUAAAGACUUCUUUUAAAUCUUUCAUAAUAACAAAAACCAAAAUUGUCUCCCAACAGUACUGUCCCUCAAAGAAGUUUGGUGAUAUGAAAAUAGCAUGUUUGGGGAGAUCGCUCCGGUUAAUAGCAGUGUGUUUAGUAGACAGAAUUCUAAGAAUGACUCCCUCCCUGGGAUCUUGUAUUAUAUCCUCCCCUUUGAGUGUGGGUGGAACUGUAUGAUCCAUGAUUAUGUAAUGUUAUGUAGCAAAAGAUUAUCUGGGGGCGACUAAUCCAGUCUCCUGAGUCCUUUAAAAGCAGUUUUCUAAGGCUGGUAGUCCAAGUUAUAGACUCCAAGCAGAACUCCAACGCCAGGCAACUGAGUGGAGGGGGUCACAGGGGAAGGAAUACGGGUAGCCUCCAGGAGCCGGGAGGCUUUGGCUGCCAGCGAAGAAAAUGAGAUGUACAGCCCUAUAGCCACAGGAACUGACUCGGGCCACAAGCUCAUACAUGGGCGUGGAAAUGGAUUUGUCUCCACAUAAGAACCCAGCCUGGCCAAGCACCUCAAUCCCAGCUUUGUGAGACCCUAAUCGGAGAACUCAAAUUGAGUCUGCUGUGACUUCUGACCUGCAGAACUGUAGGAUAGUAAAUGGGUGGAGUUUUAGGUUGCUACAUUUGUGGUAGUUGCUGUACAGCAAUAGAAAAUGAGUAUGUCAUUUAGAAGAGGUAAGGAGGAGACGACUUCGUAACUGAUUGUCUGUAGUAAUGUUGGGUAUUUCUUGGUUAAAAAAAAAAAAAAGUGCAUGAAUAGUCUCUACUAGCAAAUUCUAGUCCUGGGCCUCAGCUAGGAUGUUUUGUGCCAGAGAUCUCAGUCUUUGUUGGAAGUUUGUUGGUAAAAUGUAAUGUUUUAUACAAGAACUGUUAGAACAAGAUUGUAGGAAUAGAAAUGUGAGGAGCCUUUUUUUCUAGGUGAGAUAUUCAUGAUUUAGAAUAGACUGCUCUGAACCUGUCAGAAGUAUACAAAAGAAUAAAACAGUGGUAUUUCAGGACACCAAAUUAAGAGAAAAAUAACUCCUUCCUGUAUGUAGAGAUUACAUAAUUUAUUGUUGUGAGGGACUUAUUUUUUUUAAUCAAAACUUUAUUACCUAGCACAGAUCAAACCCUAUUUGUGCCAACCCCAUUUUUGUACUUUGAGAAUGUUUUCCAAAAUACCUCUCUGCUUUCAAGCCGUUAAUUGCAAAUGGGGUUCACUUUUAGUUUGGUUUAUCCAUUAAUUUUUGUGCUCAUACCCUUGAUUUAAGAAUAAGGAAAUUAGAAGCUACAAACUUUCAAGAUUGCAAAUGUGUCAUAAUCACAUCUUUGUGUUAAAAGGAAACUUAGAUUUCCAGCUCAAUCCCUUUAUAAAAGCAACUUUUCCAAGCUAUGUAGCAGUAUUUAUAAUGUGUAAAACUUAGUUUGAUAGUGUGAAAUUUUAAAUUCUUAAUCUUAACAGAUAUAUGCUAUGAUAACUAGUAUGCUUACUUUAUUUCUUUAAUGCAUGUCAACAUACAAUGCUAAAAAGACUACUAAAGCAGUGUUAGGAAAAGCAGCCAAGUGAGGGUUUGUCACCCAAACCUGUGUCAUCGUUAUAUUAAACUCUUCCCACUUUUGGCACCCCCUUCUACGGUUUGGGCACCAAUCAGACCAUUGUCAAAGAACAGACAGAGGAGAAGCUGGCGCUCUGGGUUGUUGGAACUGAGAGGAAGGAGAUGUUAAAGACAGUAGGGUGGGCUAGGGUGCAGCUCCGGGGUAGAGCACUGGCUUGCGUGUGCCAGGUCCCAGGUCCUGCCCCUGGCACUGUAGGGAAAAAAGGCAGUGGAGUGAGCUGGGAAGGAGGCAGAGCAUUGUGCCUGCAGUUAAUGCUGCAGUCCAAUGUCCAGAGCAGCGGUGCUAACGGCUCUGAGUGAGGACUGUGGUGAACGCUGGAAUACCCUCAGACGUCAGGCAGGCUCUUUUGUACCGCUCGCUCCUAGGUGUUUCACUGUAUUAGUAAUUAGCAGCUGUCCCAGAAUCAAAGGUUGGUUUGUACCUUACCCUGAUUAGCAUCCUGUUAUUUGUUCAAAGUGCUCGAUGUCUGUUCAACUUUGGUAAAAAUCUCUUGAAGACAUUCUCUCUGAGCCUUAAAAAUGGCGGAUAUCGAUAGUACUGUAAGAUGCACUGCCAGCAGAUUUGAUACUUUCAUUUCGGUAUAGCCAGUGAUGUUUUCUAAGGAAGAUUUAAAAGUCUGCUAAGCCUAACAGUUGUGUUUCCUUCAUGGAAUGAAGAACUAAGCAUGUCUCAUUCAGAGCGAUUUCCUUGGAAAGGCUGUCUUUGCAUUUGGGGAUGUUUCUGGAGGCAUCCCUUGGAGAAGCUGCCUGAACAAUCUCUGCCAGGUUGUACCAGAUGUUUUUUUUUUUCUUCCUAAAUGUACAUAUUUUCCUUAAUGUCUUCAUGUGUUGAACGGUUAAUAUUUGUAGUAAUAUUUUAGGUACCUAUUGGAUUUUUAAAGGAAGAAUAUUUAUUUUCAAGUUGCUGCUAUAAUUGAAAACCUAAUAACUGGUCCUGUUGACUGUGCCUUUCAUCACUGUUUCUCUGUGCCACAACUGUUCAUGUGUAUUUGAAAUAAAGAGAUUUAAAAAGC